AUGUACGCCAACUCGUACCAAAUCGAGCUUGACGAAAUGUUUCCGAACCUAUGGAGAGUCAUUCUCGAGGCCUCCACGUGGACUGGCUCGAGUUUUAGAUUCUUCUCCAACUCAUCAAUCACUGCUCGACCGCCGGCGUGUAUGCAAAAGUGGUUGAAAGCUAGCUUGAAAUCCGGUUCACUAUUAUUGAACAUUUUGAGCCCAGUAAUAUUCCUUGUUAAAGUUUCCAAAGCCCAUUACCACGCCAUUUCAAAUUUCCAUGACAGAGCGCGUAAUCUUAUGCUUCACACCGCACGAGAAAACCCCAUGCUCCACGUAUCCAGUAGCAGCAAGGCACUUCCAUCCAAUUGUUUUGCAACACGUGGAUAUAAAAAACGAACCACAUGCCCGCAGUCAUCGUAG